AUGGAAGGGGUCCUUUCCAAGGGGCGUUGUCUGAUCCUGGCCCUUGCAAUCGUGUUCUUUUCCUCAAGUUGGUUACUUGAUGGGUUGGAGACCGUUAAUCUUCAAGAUUUAAGGUCUCUGCAGUCGCUGAAGCAGGCUUGGGGUAGUAGCACAGUGUUGUGGAGCGGUCCAGAUCCUUGUGCUGACAAAUGGGAGGGUAUCUUAUGUGAAGACAACCGAGUGGUAUCCUUGUAUUUGGUGAAUAAAGAGCUUAAAGGAACUAUUCCUCCUGCAAUUGGCGAUCUGACAGCUCUUCAGAAUCUGGAUCUCUCUUUCAACGGGAACUUGCAAGGGACGCUACCUGACGAGCUGGGCAAACUAACCAGCUUAGAAUAUCUAAGUAUACAGAGUUGUAAUUUUUCAGGGAGUAUUCCUUCCACAUUGGGGACACUAGUGAACUUGACCUUCCUCGCUCUGAACAACAACAACCUAGAUGGAACCAUUCCAUCUUCAGUUGGUACGCUUUCGAAAUUAAAGAGGUUUGACGUUGCUUACAACAAACUGACGGGUCCUCUGCCUGUAUCAACAAACAAUCCCGUUAAAAUUGGCCUUGAUACCUGGCCGGCUAUUGAACACUACCAUUGGAAUGACAACCUUUUCACUGGCAACAUUCCACCUGAACUUGGGAAUGCCCGAAAUUGUGUGCACAUGAUACUGGAGUUCAAUCGAUUCACCGGACAAAUUCCUGAAAGUUUUGAAAAUCUUUCCUCCCUAAAGAUCCUGCUUGUUGGCAACAAUCAGCUGACCAGUCCAAUCCCCUCUACUUUGAACAACAUCGUCACAAAUGGCGCCAAAGGGUUGCUUCAACUUCGUGCGGCCAACAAUCGGCUGACUGGGACUGUUCCAGUUUUGUCUGCUCUCAACCAGCUUCAGCUUAUGCGAUUCGAAAAUGCUAAUCUGACUGGGCCACUGCCUGCUGAUAUUUUGACCUACUCGGCACUCCAGGGACUGUACCUUCAAAAUAAUGAAAUAGACGGGACCCUAACAAUCCCAGAGAUUUUGGGGUUGAAUUUGCGAUAUGUCUCUCUCCAGAACAACAAUAUCACAGGCUUAGUCCAACCUGACCCCUAUUCUGCAGAAUCUGUCCUUGUUAUGUUGCAAGGUAAUCCAUUGUGCACAUUUACUGGAGGUUUUGUGAAUAUAAGUCCUGAAUUAUGUAACACAACUAAGCCUACGAUGGAACGCGCAUGGGUAUCCCCUAUGGUAAGCAAGAACACUUGCCAGAACAUGAUUUGCGGCAACAGGUUUUACUUGAACCCCUUGCAGUGUCGUUGUAGCAAACCGCUUGUGGUAACGCUUGAGGUUACUGAGGAUUUUAUCACGAGAAGCUUCACUCUUCAGAAAAUGACAUUUAACCCUCCUUUCAAACCUGGACUCGUUCAAGAUAUCCAAGGCUCUGGAGAGGUAACUCAAACAGUCUCGUCUGGCCUAUCGACAGGUGGCAAAAUUGACAUUGCUGCUGCUGUUGCCGUCUUUGUCUCCCUUUCUUUGGUAGUUGGGGAUAGUGAGAAAGUAACCGCCGACGAAGCAGGAAUCAUCCUAGUCACAGUGGAUACGUCACAAGGUUCAUCAAAAGCUGCAUCGGAAUUUCACAGCUCUUCUUCGCCUAAUCCAGUUUAUCUACGCGUCGCGAACCUUCGCUUGACUCGAAUCGGGAGUGAAGAUUCAGAUUCAAUUCAAGAUCGUGGCCGGGAGCUGCGGAUGGAUCCAGAUGCAGUAUCUGUACUUCUUUGUACUCUUCGAGAAUUUGUUUAUUGUCGUGAGAAGGGGUUUCUGUACACUUUUAAGGGACCGCGACGCUGUGGUCAGCUGCUAUCACUGGCGCAUGAACAUAUGCAGAUUUGA